GUGUGUCCGUCGUCAGAGAAUCUAGCUACGUAGCUAGAGAAGCUCGCUUGUUGUGGUGGCUAACGACGGGAAGCAUGCUACGGUUCUCAAUUUAGUGAUAUUCGCCCAAUAGUAGGCGAAAUCUGCAGAAAUGGGGAAAAGAGACAAUAGAGUGUCAUAUGUGAACCCCAUAGCUGCAUCACGGGCCAAGGGACCUGCACCCAACGCAGGACCGUCUAUCCAGGAUUACCUGAGCAGACCACGGCCAACAUGGGAAGAGGUGAAAGAGAUCAUCGAGAGGAAGAAGAAAGGCUCCAGAGCUCUGGCGGACUUUGAGGAUCAAAUGAACGAGAAUUGGAAGAAAGAGCUGGCGAAGAACAGAGAGAAGUUACUGGGUGGCGUUGACAAGGAGAAAGAGGAGAAGGAGAAGGAGAAGAGAGAGAAGAAGGAGAAGAAAGAGAAAAAGAAGAAAGAGAAGGGGAAAAAAGAAAAGGGAAAGAAAUCCAACAGGCAUUCCUCUCCCUCCUCCUCCUCAUCGAGUUCUGAUUCCUCUAGCAGCUCCUCCUCAGACUCUGAAGACGAGAAUGAAAAGAAGAGUGUCAAAAAGAAACGCAAAAAGAAGCGGUCCUCCUCCAAGAAAGCAUCAGAAGACUCCACUGUAGAAUCGGAGCCCGACAGCAAGGGCUCCUUCCCUCUCAUUCUGUUUCUCUCCAAGAAGACGAAGAUGGAGAUGGAGAUGAAGAAGAAAGAAAAGGAUGAAAAGAGCCGCAGGAAGAAGAGGAAAGCCGAGCAAAGUCAUAAAGACUCAUCCUCGGAGUCGUCAGCUGACUCAGAAGUGGAGGAGGGUGGUGAACCCAAGAAGAGAAAGAGAAGUAAUGAGGAGAAAGAAAAAAUAGCAGCAGACAAAUCAAAGAAGAAGAGGAAAAAGAAGCACAAGAAACAUGGCAGGAAGAAGAAGAAGAAGACCUCUUCUGACGUUGAGUUAGACUAACAUCUAGCGCUGUGGUUCUCUGUCCAACUGUCCACCACUAGAGAGCAUCUGCCUUUCCACUACCAAAAAAUCCCAUCUUGGCUGCUCCCAUGAUGGGGGUAGUUGAUGGAUUAGGGGAACCGCUAGCUUUCUGCUCAUGAGAGUUGAGAUGGUGGGGAGAUGGGGUUUCUAAUGUUAAUUAAGGACUGGUGAACUGGGAGUUACGGGUCAUCAAACCCUCUGUGACGACUUUACAUAUUUGUUUUUCUUUUGUCUGUUGCUAGUUUUUAUUAGAUCCAAAUGAAUGUCGUCGAGGACACCAUAAGUCUGUCAAGUGUGGCCCAACUGAACUGAAACAUUUGCAUAUGAAAUGAAAAUGAUCUUCCAUACAUGGAUAUUGAUCAGCAGUGUACAUUUUUUACACCUUUGGUACGCUGCCCUGCUAUGUCGUCUAUUUUACCAUUCUUGGAGAUCUCGUGCAUCACAAGCUACACUGAGGUCAUUUUGGGACUUUGUUAUGCUGGUGCCCAGUGUCAUGAUGCAUGCAUUCUGAUAUGAUGGUCACUUCUCUUGCCAGCCUCAUAUUGAAGUUGGGAUUGUGAAAAUACGAGUGAAAUUGUCAUUAUCACAAGGGAUAAACUGUUCAGUUCUGUUAAUGUAAUGAAUUCUACAACUGAAUAUCUAUAAAUGAAUGGGUUUUAAUUAUUAAAGUAUUGUUUUAUCCUUGAUAA